UUUCUCCAAUCAAAUCCUUCGCCACGCCAUUCAUUCCUAAGUGCGAGGGAAAGGAAAACUCCAUUAAAAUUAUAGAACCUUGGGUUAAAUUGGCCGUCUGUGCAUUUGCCCAGGCAGAGUUAGGUUUGUACAGAAGCCUGCGAAAACCACGAAUAGCAGACUACUAUUCGGUUUGCUCCCUUCAUUUUUCAUCCGUAUCUCAUUUCUGCACAAGGAAACUAUGGGACAUACUAAAGAACAGCUGUUAGAUUAUCUCAAGGAGCAUGGAAUUUGCUUUGAGAGCUAUGAGCAUCCAGUUGUUUUGACUGUUGAAGCACAGGCCAAACACAUCGGGCAUAUGGAAGGUGGGCACAGCAAAAAUUUAUUCCUGAAGGAUAAAAAACACAGGCUUUAUGUUGUCUCUGCUUUGACAACCACAAAUGUGGACUUGAAAGUUUUGUCUCAGAGACUGGGGUUGGGCAAGGGUGGUUUACGCAUGGCUCCAGAAGAAGCAUUAAAAGAUGUGCUUCAGGUACCUCUUGGAUGUGUAACCCCAUUUGCCUUGUACAAUGAAUCUGCACGAUCUGUUGCACUACUUCUGGACAAGGGUUUCAAAGCGCAAAAGUGUGUUUUUUUCCAUCCAUUAUCAAAUGAUAUGACUAUUUCCCUUACAACAGACGAUCUUGACAAGUUUUUGAUGUCAAUCAAUAAGGAGCCUGCUUAUGUGGACUUAGAGGCUACAGUUCCUGUUGGAAAAGAGCAACUGCCUGAUCUAGCAGUUCAUGUUCCAACUGAAGUAAUUAUAUUGUCUAAUAUUUCACAACAGGAAGUGAUAAAUGAUAUUGGGUCUCUGAAUAUCUCUGAUAGAGAGAGUGAGAUAAGCAGACUUAAAGAGAAUGCCAAUCCAAAGCCAAAGGCCAUUACAAAAGUCAAUAAUGACAAGAAGGGGACCAAUAUUGUGGGUUCAACAGCAUCUGCUACUAAUGUAGGGAAUCUUGUGAACUCCAUCAUAGAUACAACAAGUGCUGCGAUUCUUUCAGAGAUCACAGAGGAUGCUGUUAAGUUGCAUGGGAAGGACCUGGGACCUAUUGUAGCUGGAGCAGUUAGGAAGCGCUUGGGUCCUGAAUUAGAAAGCCUCAUGAUGCUUUUAAAAAAUGCAGCGUAUACACAAGGAUUUACUGCAGGGAUCGGAAGUCGAUCUCUGCAAAUAAAUUGAAGAUCAAGUUGUGGUUUGAAAGCUUGAUGUGUGGACGAACUAUAUUUGAGUUGGAAGUCAAAACUGAGUAUUAGCAAGACUAGGGGUUCAAUGUGUUGACUAACUUGAGUAGACUCAAUGUCACAAUUGGAAAGUUGUUGUUUCAGAAUCAAGGUUGCACAGUCAACUGGAGUUAGUUUUGGGUUGCAAAAGGAAACUUUGUACUUGCAUGCACAAAUUAAGGAUUGAUCUGAUGUUUCCAAAAGGGGAUUUUCAAGGGGAAUUGUUAUAAAAUGGAGCUGAAAGCUCAUUGUAAAGGGUUAGAAACUCUAGAUUUAGACUUUUUUAAAUUAGGUUCUUAGAAUUAGAAAUAGCUUAGGAGAUGGAAAAUUUCUAGAAAUUGACAGAGGGUCAUUCCAGAUUCCUUUUCCAUUGCAUUUUUCAUCUUAGUGUAGCUGGAAGCAAUCUGAUAUAAACAAAAUCAGACAUUUAGCGUGGCAAAUUUGUUGAAUAACUAUCCUCAUUAGAAGGAGAUCAUAUGAUUUAAUUCGAUUUCUUGUUUAUCUUA